AUGGCUCGUACCAAGCAGACCGCUCGCAAGUCGACUGGCGGGAAGGCCCCUCGCAAGCAGCUGGCCACCAAGGUCGCCCGCAAGAGCGCGCCGGCCACCGGGGGCGUCAAGAAGCGCACCGUGGCCCUGCGCGAGAUCCGCCGCUACCAGAAGUCUACCGAGCUGCUGAUCCGCAAGCUGCCCUUCCAGCGCCUGGUGCGCGAGAUCGCGCAGGAUUUCAAGACUGAUCUGCGCUUCCAGAACUCGGCCGUGAUGGCGCUACAGGAGGCGUGUGAGGCCUACCUGGUGGGGCUCUUCGAGGACACCAACCUGUGCGCCAUCCACGCCAAGCGUGUCACCGUCAUGCCCAAGGACAUCCAGCUGGCACACCGCAUCCGCGGGGAGCGGGUGUGA